UUUCCUUGUCCUUUCUACGCACGAUCUCGAAAAAAGGAAAGGAAGCAAUUCAAGUCGUAGAUCGUCAAUCUCGAUUUCGACUUCGAAAAUUGUCGAUAAAUUAUUUAUCCAGCGAGUCGUAGCAAAUAAGUAUAUUUUAUUCCGUGUAAAACUUCACGUCGUAUCUCGAUCGAUCACGACAUCUCGCUCGAUAAAACGAUACGAUUAAUUAACCUCGAAUUAAUUAACGUCGUUAUAUCAUCGAUAUAACCUCUUUUUUUUUCUUUUUUCGUUUCGGGGGGGGAAACGAUAAAAAAAAAUGGGAGAUCCGGUUAAGGGGAAAACGUUGUUCGUGAGAAUGUGCUCGAUGUGUCAUACCGUUGGUAAAAAUGAGAAACACAGGGUAGGUCCGAAUCUUUUUGGAAUAUUUGGCAAAACGUGUGGAACCUCGGCCGGAUUCAAUUACACCGACGCGAUGAAGAACAAAAACAUCGUGUGGAACGAGACCACGCUGGACGAAUAUUUACGUUUACCCAAAGAUUUUGUUCCCGGCACGAGGAUGGUGUUCACCGGUAUUAAAAAAGCUGACGAGCGUAAAGACGUGAUCGCUUAUUUAGCAACGUUGAAGUGAACAUUUUUGUAAAAUUGUCUUAUAUCUCGUUGUGGAAUAUCCUGUACAGUAGCGUUUCGUAACAACGUGUAUACUUAAUAGCAGUUGCGGAGUGAAUAAAACGAAUCGAGGAAAUUUUAAAACCCUCUCUUUACCGGA